AUGGACUCAAAUCCGGAUCCAUUUAAAGCUCCUGACCAAUACUUUUUAAACGGAACAGCCUAUAAUGUGUUGCUAUAUAGUCAAAUAAUAGUGAGUAAGUGUAAUGUUUCAGGAGAUUCUCAGGAGAAGUUUUUGAAGUUUUGCGUGCCACUUCACAAGUAUGGUUUAGAAGGCAAUUGGACAGAAGCCAAAGUGAUCUUAGACAAAGAUAAGAGACUGGAACAUGCAGCAAUAACAAGUGGUUGGAGUACAUUAUUGCAUGUUGCUGCAGGUGCAAACCAUGUUCACUUUGUGGAGGAGCUACUGCAAGUGCUGAGUGAUGAACACAUCGAUUUGCGAGAUAGCAAGGGCAAUACUGCCUUCUGCUUUGCUGUUGCUUCUGGAAAUAUGCGCAUUGUUGAAUUGUUGCUGAAAAGAAACCCCCACCUACCCAGAAUCAGGGGUGGAGGAGGACACACCCCUCUAAAGUUUGCUCUAAUGCAAGGAAAAUGCUACAUGGCACAGUUUCUCUAUGACAAAACCGAAGAAGUAUUUGAGGAUUUAGACCGAAGAUCCUUGUUCUUCACCUGUGUCGAGACCGGAAAUUACCACAUGGCCUUACAAAUGGCAAGAGAGUGGCCCAAUCUAGCUUGGGAACGUGAUCAGAAUAAUGAUACAGCUUUGCAUCUCUUGGCUCUAAACAAAAAUCCUAUGGAUUCUUGUUGUCAUUCUCCACAGCUUCCAAAUCCCAUCAAGAUCAAUCCAGGAAUGAACCAACUUAUGAUCUUUCAAUUGGUUAAGUAUCUCUGGAAAACCAUGCUGUGCCACAAAACCCUCUCGGAGGCAAUUGAAAUCAUAAGUGAACCUUAUCAACUAUUGUUCGACGCUGCUGAAGUUGGUAAUUUUGGAUUCUUAUCAGAACUUAUCAGUGCUCACCCCAGUUUGAUAUGGGAAGUUGACAACAAAAAUCAAAGUAUAAUUCACACUGCAGUUUUGUUUCGCCAUGCUAGCAUCUUCAAUCUAAUACAUGAGAUAGGGUGCCAAAAGGAUCUUAUACUAACCUAUAUUGUGAAAGAAGACAACCCUUCCUUUUCUUUGCCGAAAAUAAAGAACAACAAUUUGUUGCAUUUGGCUGCAAAGUUAGCUCCACCAGAUCAACUUGAAUUAGUUUCUGGAGCAGCACUUCAAAUGUGCCUUGAGAUAAUAUGGUUUGAGGAGGUGAAGAAAAUAAUGCCUCAAUCGUACGUAAUAAUGAAAAAUUCUGAUGGCCUAACUGCUCAGGAAUUAUUCACAACACAACAUGAAGGAUUGCGAAAAAAAGGAGAAGAGUGGAUGAAACGUACUGCAGAGUUUUGCAUACUCAUCUCAACUGUUAUUGCCACAGCAGUGUUCUCUGCUGCGAUUAAUAUACCAGGUGGUAUUGAUUAUGAAACAAAAAAACCAAAUUUUUUGAACCAAACAUCAUUUUUGCUAUUUGCAAUAUCAGAUGGAGCUGCUUUCAUCUCAUCUUCGACUGCAAUAUUAAUAUUCUUGUCUAUUCUCAUGUCACGUUAUGCCGAGUAUGACUUUUACAAGUCACUACCCUUGAAGUUGAUAUCUGGACUCAUAACUCUAUUCAUCUCCAUAGCAUGUAUGAUGGUAGCAUUUGGCAGUGCCUUCUUCAUAACAUACAACUACGGUUCGAGGGUUAUACCUGAUUCAAUAGCAGUACUCGUUUGUCCACCCUUGCUUUUGUAUAUAGCUCUGCAAUUUUCUUUAUGGUCAGAUAUCAUAUAUUCAACCUUCUAUUGUAGGACUCUGUUUCGACCAACCAAACGUAUGAUCUAUACUAUUAAAGAUAUAUAA